GAUCAUUGUUUUCGUUUCUUUUUCUAAGAAAAAAAGAAAUUUUUUUUUACCCUCCAGAUAAUUAAUAUAAAUUAUUAAAAUAUGACAUCACGUCAUAGUUUAUUACUUUUAUGACAAAUAUUAAAAUAUCCAAUAUCCUUAUUCUAUUUUAAUUAAAUAAAUUCACAUUUGAUAAUAUACAUUUUGGGGAAAAUUGUUAUGCGCAAGGGCACGAUUGACGUUUCGUGUGUGUAUGACAUCAUUUGUUGUUUGGCUGUGCGCUUAACUGUCAGCACUGUCAGUGAUCAGUUUGCUUCAAGUGUCUAACAAAAUGACGCAGUAAACGCUCUUUGUUUGUCCUGAUGUGUCUCGCAUCAUGAAACCUCGAUUUUUCCUUAAAAAAGUAGAAAUUUGUAUAGAAAGGGAAAAUGUCGGCGGAUUCACCAAGAAGGGGGGGACACAAAGGAGCCCUGGUGAUUACGCCCCAGCCAAUCAGCGAUCGUACCAUCAUAGACAGUGUGGCUGGGAUUAUUAAUGACAUUGUUCCCCAAGCCUACACCGGAGUGCCGAAUUCGGACAACAAAGAGUCCAUAACAUGGGCGAGAUUCGAAUAUGCUGAUAUAAAUGAUCCUUCAUUUUAUUCUGACUAUAUUGAGGGAUCAAAUACUCCGCCUUUAUUGUUAGUUUUGGGUUACACGACCGGUGUGCAGGUUUGGUUGGUGUCGGCCUCUGGAGAAGCGUCUGAAAUUUUAUCAUGGCGUCAGGGUGUCGUUCGUACUUUAAGAGUUCUAUCGAAUCCAAAAGUCGAUGAUGAACGGAACGAUCCCUUCAAAACGAAACGACCAUUGGUCGCAAUUUGUGACUCGGCUGGUCCUGGACCACAAUUCUGCAAUGUCAGUUUCAUUUCCAUGAAGACUGGCGAGCAGGUCAAGAGUAUAAAGUUCAAGAAUCCAGUCUGUGACAUACUUGCUAACAAGAGAUCAGUGGUCGUCACUUUCGUUGAGAAGAUCGCCGUCUUCGAUGCUCGAACACUUGAAGACGUCUUCACUGUUACAACUUGUUAUCCCAGUCCUGGCCCUAAUCCUAAUCCGGUUUCGCUAGGUACAAGAUGGCUGGCCUACAGUGAAAAGAAAUUAAUAUUAGCUAGAAGAAGUAGUGGAGGUAGUGAGGGUGAAGGUGUACAAAGUUACACAGCGGCUGUUCUCUAUGCUGCAAAAUCUUUGGGAAAAGGAUUACGAGGUUUGGGAGAGACAGUUGCGUCGAGUUUAACAGGAAACUCAGUGUCGCCAAUGGUGGUGAACAAUACGGGUACUGACAUCACACAACCGGGCGUUGUAACAAUACUCGAUCUUCAAGCGGCGAAGGAAGAGAAGGAUUUAGACAAAUCAAUAGAAACGGUUGUUGCUCACUUCACCGCACAUAAUGAUGCAAUCGUCGCGAUGACAUUCGAUCUGACUGGAUCACUCUUAAUGACGGCCGACAAACGAGGACAUGAUUUUCAUAUUUUCAGGAUACAACCCCAUCCAGGUGGUCCUUCACUCGCCGCUGUUCAUCAUUUAUACGUACUGCAUCGGGGCGAUACGACGGCAAAAGUUCAAGAUAUGACAUUUUCGAGUGAUACCCGUUGGGCGGCAAUUUCAACAGUUCGUGGCACAACACACGUUUUUCCCGUGGCGCCCUAUGGCGGUCCUGUCGGAGUUCGAACUCACUCAACACCCCACGUGGUUAAUAGACUAUCGAGAUUCCAUCGUAGUGCCGGUCUAACUGACGACAGCACUAGAUCCCAUUCUCCAGUCUCAUUCGCCGAAUUGCCUCUUUCCGUAUAUCCUUACACAAAUCCCCGUCUACCACCUUAUCCACAUCCAACAAUUUUACAUCCAUUGGCACAAAUUCGACAACCGUCGACACUAAAUCACGUCAAUAGCCAAUCGCAACCAAGCGGAAGACCGCAGCCAAAACAAAGAAUUCAUUCAGAUGAAAGUGUGACACUACCAUUAAAAAUUUGCGCCUGCUUUGCACCACCUCGUGCUUGGAUUUACGCACAACGGGAUUCAUCAAAUAAAGUUACGAAAAAGGCUGUCGAUUCACUGUUUAUAAUGGCUUGCCAUGGAAAUAUGAUUCAAUAUGACCUCGAACCUAAGGCAGCUGCAGGUGUACCAAAGGAAAAAGUAUGUGAUGAUACUUCCAUUGAAUUAGAAGUGGAAGCAAAAGGUCAAUGGCCUUUAUUGCGUUCUCCGGGUUCGUUGGAGAUUGUCCCCCCUUUGCUUCCCUCUAGUCCACUUUUAGGAGUUUCUAUAUUACCGAAAAAUCUACAGCAUCUUGAAUCGGAUGAGGAUCGAUGGCUUAGCCAGGUCGAAAUUGUAACACACGCUGGACCCCACAGAAGACUUUGGAUGGGGCCACAAUUUGUUUUUAAAACCUACAACGCACCCAGUGGGGUUGCCGUUAAUUUAGUUGAAGCUGAGACGGUAGAAAUCUCUGUAUCGAGUGGAUCUCGUCCAGCGAGGUCGAAUCCUGUUAAUAUGCCUCACGCAGCCAGUAGGCCUUUGAUGCCUGUUGUCAUCGAUGGAUCCGGAAGUAGUUACGAGCAGUCCCCGAGAUUUAUGGAAGCCUAUGGAGAUUCAUUGGAAAAUGAAAACAUUGGAAUUGUCAGUGGUGAAAAUCAACUUCGAGAGGAUCUCGCUGAAGCAAUGUUGGAAACAUCGGCAGCUCCACAUCGAGGACCGGGGAGGCGAUUGGUUAUUGAAAGGGUGGGACAGCCGGUAGCUAAAGUUGUCAACCCGUUGGGCACCGUGAUAACAGUUUCGGCCGACGAAGAGGACAUUAGUUUUAGCCAGGAUUGUGAUCUCAAUGAAGAAACAACGCCCGAACCACCAAGAAGUGUUUGCGCUGAGGAAGGUCCAACUUCCUUAACGGACUUCGUCUCCGAGGGUCAAAUACUUCGCAGUCAUACGGAGAUAUGCGCCGAAAUGAGAACAGCGAACGAACCAAUUAUCGAUAGUGUGCCUGAUGAAAAUAUAAAGGAGGUCAAAGAAAAGAAAACACUUUGCGCCGAAGUUGCUGAACUUGGCAAAAGUUCAAUAUUCGAGCGCGAAGAUUCUUUUCGCGAUGUUCCAACGAGUUUAAGUUUAUGUGCUCAACAAGGUGAAAUUCCCGAUAGUCCAAUGACUCAAGCAAGAGAUAAUGCCUGGAAAUCAAAGUGCGACGAUCAAGAGAGAAAAUUUGCUAAAGCAAAAUAUGUCGUCAAUUAUGAUGACGACAGUGUUGUACUGAUGGAAAAUAAAUCCGCUCGCAGAAAGGCGCAAAAGAACAAAUUAACGAACAAGGUGAAAAUUAGUGAAAAGAAUUUAGAACUUCGUGAACCCAAGUAUCUUCUCAAGGAGAGUGAGGACAGUAUCGUCGUUGAGGAUCUAACUCAAAAUAAAUUGAAACUAGAAGAGGAGACAAAGAGAAGAAAAGAGGAUUUCGAACCGAUUGAAAUUGAAAAAGUUGAUUCUAAACCAACAAUUGAUACUGCGGAUGAUUUAGCGUCCAUGGAAUACCAUAUGGUUGAAAUGGCCUCACAACAAUCGGACGAUGAUCUAGAGAACUUGGAAAAGAACAUCCCAGUUUUGCGUAAAUCGAGUAAGAGUACAAUUUCCGACGAUGAUCUCGAGCAUAUACAUUCUACAGAAUUAGAAGAAGCACAAAAGGCCGAAGAAAUACAACCAUUGGAAGAAAAUCAUCAAUUCGAUGUUGUGAAGGAAAAAACCGAAAUUCCCGACGAGGAGAAAUUACUAAAGAACAUUUUAUCAUCAGACGAUGAUUUGGAGCAUGUUCUCCAUUCUGAAUUAGACGCACUACCCAACGAUUCUUCCCUUCAGUCACUAAAGACAAAAGACAUCGUAAUUAUCGAAACACAAACUACUGCCACAUCAGAACAGGACCAAGCGAAAAUCACCGAAACAAUAAUAGAAGACAAGAAAAUAAAGAAGGCAAUCGAAAUAAUCGAUAUCGAUUCAGAGAAAGAGGAGAUAAAAAAGAAAAUACACGAUAAAAAGCCAGAGGUAAAAAUUGAUGAUGAGAAGAAAAUCAUCAUAAAAAAAUCAUCGUCAGCAAAGCGUCAAUCGGAAGUUGAAAUAAUAGACAUUGACGCAAUGCAUAAAGCCGAAAUGAAAGAACCAUUUAUUCCCGAAUGUAAAAUACUAGAAGGUGGUACGAAGAAGAAGAAAAGGGGUAAGAAAAAUUCCGAUGAUACAAAAUUGCAAAAGUCCCAAAUUCCCUGGAAUUCGUCAAAACAAAAAGAGGGUACUUCAUCUCCAGAUCCAUGGAGUUUAGUCCUCAAGAAAAAUAAAUCCGAAGAAAGAGAAAUUCAACAGACAAAACCUGAUGAUGAUGAUCUUGACGAUAAAAAGAAUCGAAAAGAAGAAUUUCAACUAACCGAAAAUGUCUCCAACUCACCAAAACACGAAGUUUGUCAAACCCUCAAGGAAAUAACAACACUUAAAAAUAAUAAACUAGAAGAUGAUGUAUUAGAGAAAGAUAUAAAAUUAGAAACACAAGAAAUUAAAUUAUUAGAAAAGGAGAAUAUUAAUUUAGAAAAUGAUGAUAAUUUAGAAAAAUCAAGUACAAUCGAUCGUAGUAAUGGUGAUAUGAAAGCUGUGAUAGAGAAAAAAAUUAAUUGUCAAAUGGAAAAAAGUAAUGAUAUUGAAUUUGAGGAGAAAUUAAUAAAAGAGAAGAAUGAUAUUAUGGAGCCUGAGAAAAGAAAUGAUUCGGAUCCAGAGAAAAGAAGUGAUUCAGAGCCGGAGAAUUUAAAGGAGAAUUCAAGUUCAUCGGAUGAUCCAAAUGCAAAUGUUAUACCAAUGGACACUGAGGAGGAUAUUGCUGUUAAAGAAAUGGCAAAUCGAGGUGGUGGAGGUGGAACAGAUCCAGAAGUGGCGACAGUAACAAAGAAGUUUGGUAGAUCGAAGAAAAAAAGACGUAGAUGAGUAGAAAGUUGUGUGGACGUCCGAAGAGCGAGCCUUGCCUUAUAUAUAAUUUUAAUGCAAUUGGCAGGGGUCGACUAGUAAAAAAAGAAAAAAAAAAGAGGUUUUUAGAGAGAAAAAAAAAUUUAUAGAAAUUAGAACGAGAAAGAAAAAAGGUUACCUUCCCUUUUAGUAAAUUUUUGCUCUUCGUAAGUUUAACGCUAUUGAUUUUUACAGAUCGAAAGUGUGUGUUAAACAAGGACGGCUUAUCUCCUUCUUGACUAUCCUUUUCUAACUCAUACUUUGUUUCCAGGAAUUUAAGGCUCUGUUCACAUGUUUGCGUUUGAAUGGUGACCUUUGCGCAUGCGUUGAACAGUGAGAGAGAGAAUAGACGAGUACUUCUAUCCUUGUUGCACUCACUGCUCAACAGAACGCGACCUUCGAAACGCAAAUAUGUAAAAAUCUAAAUCUAACGCCACUGUAGAAUAUUGAGAAAAAUUUUCUCUCCUUUCCUGCAAUUAUUAAGAAAAACAAAUUUUUUCAUUUAAUCCAAUAUAUUUAAAUUUUAAACAUAUAAAGUAUUCUGUAAAAUUUAUUAUUUUACAAAAUCAAAAAAAGAAU